AUGCUGAUUGUCACCAAAAACAACAUGUUUUCACUUACGGUCUUCGUUAUUAUGCUUCUUGCAAGUAGUGCUUGGGCAAAAUCACAAAUCCGUAUUCUUCGCGUCGCGCAUCAAGAACAAGGUAUACUCACAUUAGCCUUUAAUCCCUCUGGACCUAGAAACGGAAACAUUCAACUAGUCGGUACUACACAGGCAGGGUAUCAACCAGGAUGGUUACACAGCAGGGGUGAAUAUCUGUACUCGGUCUCAAGAACACACUUCCCUGACAAUUCGUCUACGAGCGGCGGUAUCUACGCCUUCAGAAAGCUACCUAAUGGCUGUCUUGAGCUACACGACGCAGUAGCAUCUCACGGCGAUGGCGGGGUCUACCUUGACAUUUCGAGAGACGGAAAAACGCUAUCUUCAGCCAAUAUCGACGGCUCUACAGUCUUCAUAUUCCCACUGACUUCUCCUGGCAACUUUGGUCACGUUGCUAACGUCUGUCAAUACAACCUCACACAUCCUGGCCCUGGAGCUGGAGAUUCGCAAGAAAUUGCCAAUCCACAUGCCGCCGUCUUUAGUCCCUGCGGAAGUAUUAUGGCUGUCCCUGACCGAGGCGCGGAUCGUGUUUACAUAUAUCAGGUACGCGAUGCGAAACAUGUCGAACAGAUUCGAACCAUUACACUGUUACCGGGUACGGGUCCACGACACAUUGUCUUCUCUCAAGUCAGUAAAGAGAAGACACUCAUGUUUUUGGUUUCCGAGCUCGAUAACACUGUUAAUGUUUUCUCACUUGAAAAUAGCCCCGCUGGUCAUUACGGCAAGCACCUUGGCCUAAAUGAAAGCUUGUGUAUAACUUAUCUGCAGAGGGCAUCUACUCUCGAUGAUUCAACCAAGCGUACAAAGCCCAAUAACGUCGAUUUGGCUUCCGAACUUUCUGUUUCGCAUGACAAGCGCUUCUUGUAUGUAUCCAACCGGAACACAGAGUCAGUUGAUAAGGCGGAUACUAUUGCUGUAUAUUCUUUGGAUGGGAACUCGAAGAAGCCACUGCAGUUCAUGGGUCUCAAUAGCACCAAUGGUAAAAUACCUCGGCACUUUUCACUAUCACCUGAUUCUCGCAAUCAGUUUGUUGCGGUUGCAAACCAAGUUACCAACGACCUUUUUAUCCUCAAAAGAGACUUUAAGACAGGCUUUCUUGAUGGCAUUGUUGGAAACUACAGUUUCGGAAAGCUUGAUCUGACAACGAGAGUUGGCCCGAUGGCAGUUAUAUGGGAUUGA